UGUAAUAACUUUCCGGGGAGUAAAAUUAGCGUUUUUGGGUGGUAAAUAUUCCGUUCCACUUCCAGGGAGGGAAGGAGGAACAUUCAAGCGGGAAACCAUAUACCUGGCAACACUGAUGAAAGAGCGCAUGCGACCAUCACUGUCUGACAAUCAAUCACAAUGGAAAGUUUUGUGUUCUUCAGAGGUAACAAGCGAAUCACUUUAAAAGAAAAUGACCUUGCAACUGACAAGAUCGGCAGGAUCUUUCAGGUAAAGUUACUGUAGAUUCAACUACAAAUGCCAUUUCACACUGCACGGACCAAGGCACUUUGCCUGGUUUCGUCGGAUCAGUGUGUUGGCUCUGUUAGCAUUUGUUUAGGUAAUUUGGUGAUUGUAGACCGUGGUCGGAGUCUGUCGGUGUAGGGUACCUCUCUAUGUCUAUUAAAAAAAAAUCACUAUGCUCUUUACAAAACUUUUGUUCAGAAUACACCAUUUUGAUGUUCUGUCAGAAGGGAGGCCCACUGUCUUUGAAAACAAUUGGAUGCCAUCUGUUAAAUUACACCAUAAAUUCCAGUGGCCUGAUAAAUAUCCUGAACUUGUUUAUAUUGAAAAUAAAUAUCUUUAAGGUCCAUGGCCCCAGUUUGUACAUCACUGAUGACAACAAUGUGGCUCUGUUUCCUGCGCCUGAUGGCCACUUCAGUCUUCUUGACCUCACAGUAAGGGGGCAUUAUGAGGUGCACGGUGAGAGCAUCACCGUGGAGUGUUCACCUAAUACACCUGUAACGCCCAACCCUACUCGCUUUUCCUUCCACCAGCCAGUCAGUGCAGCAGCGGGUUCUGCAACUGGUUCUUCUGCAGUUCCAAGAGCAACUAUGCCAAAAACUUUCCAAAGGAAUAUUUUCAUUGCUGAACCUCAUGAUGGCAAGUUGGAGACCAGCAAAACGUUAACGGUGCGUUUUUCUGAGUUUGAGUCUUCUGUUUCGGGUAUUCUGAGUAAAGUUAAAGAGGCCCUUGGACAAGAAGACUCACUGAUCCUGACUGAUGGCCAAGGAAAGGAAAUCCUGGAUUCUGAAGGAACCAGAGGAUCAGCAUACUGGAAGCAGAAUGCACGGAAAGUAUUUGCUGUGCUGCAGGAAGAAUUCCUGCAGCUACGAGAAAGUAAAAGGAGGAGACUGAGUCGAAGAGAAGAUACUGGCCUCCAAGAGGUUGUGGACACUAUUGAAGAGGUUGUGGCAGCAGCCCAGGGACUGCAAGCAGUGUCCACAACGAUGAAAGAGCUAAUGGAAUUUGCCAAUUCCAAUCGGAGGACGACAGUAUCCCUUACAGAUGCAGAAACCACAGCUGUCAGAGAUGCUUUUGCGUGUAUAAUCUGCAAAGGUCCAAUGAACGAGCCCAUGGUUUCAUCAUGAUGCCAAAGCUUUAUUGGCUGCAGGAUUAGCAUUGAUGAAUGGCAAACAAAUUCUCCCUCCUGCCCAAAAUGCCGUGCUGGUGAUUCUGGCAACAACAUACAAAGACUCAUGGGCCUAUCUGAUGCAUUGGCUGCACUCAGAAACAUACUCUUGGAUUAAUACUAUGUACUAGUAUUAUCAAACGUUGCACAAUUGCGUUUUACUGUUGUUUCUUUGUCCUUCAUCUCAAGAUAUGCAGUUCUAGUGCACAGUUAGAUGUGCAUCAUUCCAUAUGGUUAUUUCAUUUUGUUUUG